ACUACAUCCCAGAGCUUGCAGAUUUGAUUGUGAAGAGAAAUAAUAUGCCCAAUAUGACCUUUAAGAUUCAGCUAAAGGGAAUUAUGAUAGGGAAUGGGUUGAUGAGUGAUGCCACAUUGGAUAGAGGCACCAUUGACUAUAUGUGGAGCCAUGCCCUCAUCUCCGAUGAAACUCACACAGGACUGCAAGAACACUGUCUCCCCAAAAACCACGACAAAAGAGCGUGCGAUCAUUUCCAAAGUGCAGCAAAUAGAGAGCAGCAGGGAGAUAAUAUGAUUGACCCUUACAACAUCUAUGGCCCCGUCUGCUUUGAUUACUCCCAUAAUCGGUCAUCCGUACAGUUCAACAAACGGCGUUUCGGAUACGAUCCAUGUGAGCAAGACUACGUCCACAAGUACCUCAAUCUUCAUCAUGUCCAACAAGCCUUGCAUGCCAACACCACCAACCUCCCCUACCCUUGGGACCUCUGCAGUGAGGAGAUAAAAGAAUGGAAAGACAGCCCAUCAACGAUGUUCCCUAUAUAUAAAAGGUUGAUGGCUUCUGCUCUUCAUAUUCUUCUUUAUAGUGGUGAUGCCGAUUCUGUUGUUCCUGUCACAUCUACUCGUUAUGCUCUUGAUGCUAUGAACCUUACCAUUUUGAAACCUUGGCAUCCAUGGCAGCAUCCCACCCACAAAGAGGUUGCCGGAUACAAAGUGGAAUAUAAGGGUAUAACUUUUGCCACGGUUAAAGGGGGUGGGCAUCUAGUUCCGCAGACCAACCCGCUCAGUGCCUUCACCUUGCUCAACAUGUUCAUAACCAGAGAAUGGGAAAACUUGGGAACUACCCGUGAAGAAGAUGCUGAUGAUGAUGAAGAAGAUCUGGAGCUAAGCCCAGAAGCUGAUGAUGGGGCGGCGGCCGAUCUAAUCUCCGGCGGCCUCCCGGGGCAGCCUAGUGGCGGCGGCGGGAAGCCCUUCGAGCAGUACGCAGGCUAUGUGAACGUUGACGAGAGGAACGGGAGAAGUCUUUUCUAUUACUUUGUGGAGUCCGCCGCCGCCGCGGAGGAUCCUCACACUAAGCCUCUCAUCCUUUGGCUGAGCGGAGGCCCUGGUCUCUCCUCUCUCGGCGCCGGUGCCUUUCUCGAGAUUGGUCCUUUUGGUGUCAAUCCCGAUGGCAAAACUCUCUACCCCAGAAAAUUUUCUUGGAAUAAAGUUGCAAAUAUAUUGUUUGUGGAGUCGCCGGCGGGAGUUGGUUUCUCCUAUUCGAAUACAUCCUCCGACUAUGACAAAUCGGGAGAUAAGCUGACUGCUCAAGAUUCGUACACGUUUUUACAAAAUUGGUUCAAGAGAUACCCACAAUACCAGACCACGGAUUUCUACAUUGCUGGCAAGGAUUAUUCUGGAUUCUACAUCCCAGAGCUCGCUGAUGUUAUUAUCAAGAAGAAUAAGAUAGCGGCCGACAACAGUUUAAAGAUAAAUCUCAAGGGUAUUAUGAUAGGGAAUGGGAUAAUGAAUAUUCCCACGGACACUAGAGGUUUUAUUGACUACGCUUGGAGCCACGCCCUCAUCUCAGAUGAAGCUCACCAAGCUCUGCUAAAACACUGCAUCACCAAUGAUAGCUCAUGUGAACGUUCUCUAAACGAAGCCGCCACUGAGAUUGGAAACAUAGACACUUACAACAUCUAUGGCCCUUUGUGCUCUGAUUCCUCCCGUAAUCGCUCAUCAGUAAUGUUCAAUAAACGACGUUUCGGAUACGACCCCUGUGAAAAUGAGUAUGUCCACAGUUACUUCAAUCUCCCCGAGGUCCAAAAAGCCUUGCAUGCUAACACCACCAAGCUUCCCUAUCUUUGGUACAUCGGCAGUAACGAGGUUUAUACAAAGUGGACAGACAGACCAACAACGAUGUUCCUAAUAUAUAAGAGGCUAAUUGCAUCUCGUCUUCAAAUACUUCUUUAUAGUGGGGAUGUUGACGCUAUAAUCCCCGUUACUUCAACGCGGUAUUCACUUGAUGCGAUGAACCUGAAAGUUGUCACACCUUGGCACCUAUGGAAGGAUGCCUCUGAAAACGUGGCAGGAUACAAAGUGGUUUAUGAUGGGUUAACAUUCGCCACGGUUAAAGGGGCUGGGGAAGUAGUUCUGCAGUCUAAGCCUCGCAGUGCAUUUGUCUUGCUCAACAUGUUCCUUGCGGAGGCGGCCGCCAAUAAUCACCGCUAGAAUAUUGUCUUCUGAGGCACUAAUGGAGAUUACACAUAUAAUAUUAUCCACACUUAUUAGCUUCCACUUGCUUUCUCAUAUUCUCCCGCUAAAAAAACAAAUACUCCGUUACAAUACUACUAUGCGGAGUAAAUACUAGUGUGUGUGCUACAUUAUAUCCAUGAAAGCUAAUACAAAUAAACAUGUAGCAAGAUAAUAUGGAGUAAUAAAAUAAAAGAAUCCUUUGUGCCUUACUGCCUCCACCAACCCGCCACGCCGCCGCCAGUCGGCCACCUCCUCCAGUCCUCUGGUGCCUUCCCGCACGCCGCCGCAAAGGAAAUCGAAACAAUCCGGACGGAAAUUUGUAAGAUCUAAUUUGAGAUCCAAAUUGAGAUGGAGGGUUUGAAUAUUUGAGAUCCCUGACUCCCGUCUAUCUAAGGUGAUAAGGUGGGAUUGUGAAUUUUUUUUAAUCCAAAACGACGUGUUUUGAGUAUUAU